AUGGUGACUGGAAAUAAAAAGGCGCAGGUUGAUGGGGACGCUGGUGUGGAUAUAUUUGACGAGGAAGAAUGGUACUUUGUGGAAAAGGAUAGUGAGGAAGAGAAGUGCGAGAGCUUCUCAAGCUUGAUUGAUGAUGAUGAUGUUGAUGCUGAUGGUAAUGAUGAUGGUGAUGGUGAUGAUGGGGAUGUUGAUGAUGAUGAUGUUGAUGAUGGUGAUGUUGUUAAUGAUGAUGAUGAUGAUGGUGGUGAUGAUGAUGUUGCUGAUUAUGAUGAUGAUGAUGGUGUUAAAUCUCUUCAGAUUCCAUAUUUUCCACCUCGAUCUACAGUUAAGUCAUCAUCAUCAAUGCCCCCCCUUAUUUGUUUUUCACCCGAAAGGAAGAUACCUCCAGCCAUAUAUAUCAAAGAUCCGAUAAUCCAACAAAUCCUCCCUUACCUCCCAGCCAAAUCCCUCAUGAGGUUCAGAUCCGUCUCCAAGCGCUGGGACCGCUGGAUCAGAAGCCCAAUCCUCUCACACCACCAGGCACAAACCCACAAGCCCAUCACAGGCUUCUUCUGCCAGUCCCACUACUCAAGGCCCACCUUCUUCACUCUCGACCAAUCCUCUUGCGGCAUCCCCUCCCACUCCUUCUCAUUCCUCCCCGACUCCACCUAUUUAGUAGCCUCGACCCACGGCCUCCUCGUCUUCCUCCCUCACUUCGGGCCAGACAUCUACUACAUAUGCAACCCCGUGACGCGGGCCUUUCGGGCCCUCCCAAGGCCCGGUCUCUACCACGGGCUCAAUUCUGCCUGCGUCCUCGCGUUCGACUCUGCCCCUGAAAACAUCGAGUCCUACUAUCAGCUCGUGUGCGCCGUGCCCCUUGUUGGCCAGCCUGUCGUGUGCUUCGAGACGUAUUCGUCAGAGACGGGCUUAUGGACGCGCUCGAAUGCCGUGUGUACUGAAAUUGGCCCGUAUGAAUAUUUUGGAACGGGACUUUACAUGAAAGGGGUGGCUUAUUGGCGCACGUCUGGCGGGAAGUUGGUGGCUUUCGACACUAAAUUUGAUGUGUGUGAGGUUUUGGUGCUGCCUGAGGGGAGUCCGGUUCGUGGGGUCCUGGUGGAGAUGGAAGGGGAGAUUGCUUAUGUUGGGAUUUGUGAGGUGAGUGGGGUGGGAUAUGUGGUGAAGAUUUAUUAUGGGGUGGAGAUGAGAUUGGUGAAGGAGGUGAAGUGGUGCCUGGAGAAUGUGGGUUGUUUUGGGGGGAAUUAUGGGGUUUUGCCUUAUUAUGAGAAGGGGAGGUUGCUGGUGAUGGUUGGGGGAAUGGUGUAUUGGUGUGGGAUGAGAGAUGAGAGGUUUGAGAAGGUGGUGGGCUGCGAGGUAUCUGAGUCGACUGUGCAUCAUAGGAUUUUCCCGUAUGUUAACAGCUUGGUUUACUUGAGUUGA